AUGGAGGAUCCGAUAUCUACCCAGGAGCAGCAGCUCUGCCAGCUUUUGGCCGAGCUCCCAGCCAGAUUCAAUUAUCGCUUCACCGAGGAAGCAUCCAGAGAGCUCUUGACUAGCCUCUUUUGGUCCCUGAGCGGCGGCAAUGCAGAGCAUAUGCGGCUUCUGGUCCCCUCGGGGAAGCCACCUCCAAGCUUGAAGCUGAGCGAUGCUCAGGGAGCUGUCGAAGGCGCCGAGUACACCGAAGCAGCCCGUGGCAAGCGUUGCGGUCACAUAUUCAAACCCGGCGAAGCCUCAUACAUGUGCAGGACCUGCGGUACCGACGAGACCUGCUGCCUGUGCAGUCGCUGUUUCGAUUCGACCGAUCACACCGGCCACAUGGUUCGCAUUCAGAUAUCGGUCGGCAACAGCGGCUGCUGCGACUGCGGCGACGAUGAAGCGUGGAAUAAGCCCCUUUUCUGCACCAUACACUCUGACAUGCAACAAGCCUCCGCGAAAGGCAAGGGAAAGGAAGCUGUCGGCGUGCCGGAAGAGCUCGUCACCAAUCUGCAAAUGACCAUCGGGAGAGUUUUUGACUAUAUUUGCGACGUCAUCUCGUGUUCGCCCGAGCAGCUGCGGCAGUCAAAGACGCAAAAAAAGAUUCUGAAAGACGAGGAAUCUUCCCGGUUGUCCUCGCGGUACUACGGCGUAGAAUCGGAACCCUGCGCCGACUUUGCACUGAUCUUGUGGAACGAUGAGAAGCAUACCGUUCAGGAGGUUCAGGAUCAAGUUGCGCGAGCUUGUCAAAAGUCGAACCAUGACGCUUCUCGUGACGCCUGGGAGACGGAUGCCAUCGGCCGGAGCAUUCUGACGUACACGACGGAUAUCGAUCAGCUGCUGCGCAUGGCAAGGAUCAUGGAAGCCAUCCGGGUCACCGUCACCAUCCGAUCAGCGAGAGACACCUUUCGAGAGCAGAUGUGCGGCGUUCUAGUCGAAUGGUUGAUUGACAUCUCUGGCUGCACCGUCGGACACGACAACCAAAUCCUCAGACAGACGGUAUGUGAGGAGAUCAUGCGGCCAUGGCGGCAAGGCAGCCUUGCUACCCACAUGCUGGGACUCAUCGAUGAUGAAGACGAGGAUGACCAAGACCUCGAAUCCAGAACAAGACUGCACGGUGUCAACGCGCGCUUCAUCCUGGCCUUGCAGACGGCGGCUGGAACCAGGGCCGACUUGGAGAUUGCCAUUGGCGCUGCAGCGAUCAACAUGCCCGAUGACGACGACGACGAUGACGACGACGACGACGAUGAUGAUGACGACGAUGGCUACGAUGACGACGCCGAGAUGGAGGAGGGCGACGACGACCACAUCUCCGUCCCCAGUUCGGGCGCUGACGCCGAGAGGGAUGAGGAUGAGGACGUCUUGAUGGUUGACGCGCGAGGAGGGGAUGCGAAUGACCUUGGCCUGAACUGGAGCCAGCCCGGCCAGUCCCUUGAAGAAGAUGAGGCAACCAUGGCAGGGUAUCCGCCGCCGCCGCCGCCGCCGGCCCAUCUUCGGACAGCGAACCGCGAGAGAGAUGGUACGCCAUCGGACUCGGACACGGCAGAGCCGCUCAUCGCGCCCGCCAUAUACGCGAAAGCCAACGUUGACAUCCCCAAGACUCCAGGGAAGACGGAAAGGGUCACCCCUAGGCCCGGCAGGUACUGGCUCGAGACGCCGCCGGUCUACACGCAGCGAGACAACGUACCUCCGUCCGAGGAUGUUUUCCAGCGUGUUCGCCUCGAUUGGCUUCUCCUAUUCGAUCUACGCAUGUGGAAGAAGGUGAGGAAUGACCUCCGCGCCCUGUACAUCUCUACGGUGGUGCAGAUCCCGGAGUUCAAGCGGAUCCUGGCCCUCCGGUUUGCAAGUCUCUACACCAUAUUGGCUCAGCUCUAUCUUGUGGGUGAUCGUGAACCGGAUCAUUCAAUCAUCAACCUCUCUCUCCAGAUGUUGACGACACCUUCGAUUACGGCAGAGGUUGUCGAAAGGGGAAACUUCCUGAGCAGCCUCUUGGCCAUCCUGUACACAUUCUUGACCACGCGUCAGGUUGGCCACCCUUGGGACGUCUCUCCCGACGCCGUUCUGGCUUUUGAAAGCGGAUCUGUAACGAACAGAAGAAUGUAUCACUUUUACCAGGACCUAAAAUUCCUAUUCGGCUCGCCUCACGUCCAGGAACGGAUCAGAUCAGAGCCACGAUACCUCAUGCAGUUUCUGGAUUUGGUGAAGCUUCAUCAAUGCAUAGGACCAAACGUUCGUGCCGUCGUGGAACAUGUCGAGUACGAAGCUGAUUCGUGGAUAACGGCCUCCCUGGUGACGCGACAAAUCAACCUCCAAGCUCGAAACCUCGCCGAGGCGUUUCGAAACUGUCCAUCGGACGAGAUACACCAUCUCCAGCGGGCCAUUCGAUUCACGGCGAAGACGGUCAUCUUGAACUCCAUCGGAGCGGAGCGCCACAGGUUCAAGCAGGCCGAGAUCAAGGAUGGUGUCAAGUUCAAGACGUUGACGGACUUUGAAUUCGAUACCGAGGGAGCCUCGUAUGACGUUGUCAAGUUUGUGGUGGAAAAGGAUUCCAUCAGCUUCCAUCAUGCCCUGCACUACACUCUUUCGUGGCUCAUCGAGUGCGCUCGAUCGCUUCCGGCGUCCAACGUUCGGACGCUCAUGAGCUUCACGGCCCAGGAGCUGAGGUCGAAGCCGAAGCUCAUGGGACGACCGCAGAUACCGAGAAGCGACUACAGCGCCGAAGACUACCUCAUGGCGGCCUUUGACUAUCCGCUCCGGGUCUGUGCCUGGUUGGCCCAGAUCAAGGCCAACAUGUGGGUGCGCAACGGCAUCAGCCUCCGGCACCAGGCCAGCACCUACCGAGGGGUGGGACAGAGAGACGUCUCGCACCAUCGAGACAUCUUUUUGCUGCAGACGGCCAUGGUGGUGUGCAACCCAAGCAGGGUGUUGGCCUCCGUCAUCGAUCGCUUCGGCAUGGAUGGCUGGGUGAAGGGUCUCUUCGAGCUCAAGUCGGAGGCCCAGGAUGACGCCCAACACCUAGACAUCGUCGAGGAUGUGAUUCAUCUGUUGAUCGUCCUCCUCAGCGAUCGCACUUCUCUGAUUGCGCCCGAAGACGAGUCCAACGCGCGGGUUCUCGCCAUGCGCCGGGAUAUCAUCCACGUGCUAUGCUUCAAGCCGCUGUCUUUCAACGAGAUUUGCAACAAGCUUCCCGAGAAGUAUCAAGAGCAGGAAGAUUUCCACCGAGUACUCGAUGAGAUGGCCACGUUCAAGCCUCCCGAGGGGGUUUCUGACGUCGGCACCUUCGAGCUUCGACACGAGUUCAUCGACGAGAUUGACCCCUACAUUGCCCACUACAACAAGAACCAGCGAGAGGAGUCGGAGAUGGCAUAUCGGAAAAAGAUGGCCAAGAAAACUGGCAAGCCGAUCGAGGACGUCGUGUACGAGCCCAAACAACGAAUCAUUCCGACGGGGCUUUUCGAACGUCUGGGAGACUUUACCGGCACCGGCAUAUUUGCCCAGAUCAUCUUCUACUCCUUAUUAUACCCUCUGGUCGCUGAAAAGUUUACCCCGACGGUGCCCUUCACGAGGCUCGAAACGUUCCUCCAAGUCAUCCUGCACCUCAUGCUGAUUGCGAUAUUAGAGGACAGAACAGAGGAGGCCGGGGCUCUGUCAGAUACCACAAACUCAUUUGUGAACACGGCGCUGACCAGGUUGGCCCGGAGCAACUUCAUGCCGAAUGCGAACAACUCGAGAACGAUUGUCUCUCUCCUGCAUCUCAUGUCGUCCAAGGAAGAGUUCAAGUCUGUGCAUCCCAAGAUAGCCCUCGUUCUCAAGCGACUGAAGCAGAAGCGACCGCAAGCGUUCGAGGCGGCAUUUCUGAACCUUGGGCUCUCCGUCGACCGGAUCGACACGGCGUCUCCUGCCAACAACUCGGCCGAAGAGGAGCGCGAACGGCGUAAGAAGGCCGCCUUGAGCCGCCAAGCCAAGGUAAUGGCGCAGUUCCAGCAGCAGCAGAAGAGCUUCAUCGAAAACCAAGGGGGCAUCGACUGGGGCUCGGACUUGGAGGACGACGAGGAGAACAUGGACCUCGGAGGGGAUCGCAAGCAUAAUUGGAAAUACCCGACCGGUACCUGCAUCCUAUGCCAGGAAGACGCCGACGAUCGGCGUCUCUACGGCACAUUUGCUCUCAUCAACGAAAGCCGCAUACUUCGCCAGACGGACUUCCAAGACCCCGACCACGUACGAGAGGCUUCUCAGACACCCUGCAGCCUCGACCGUUCGGCGGAGGAUAUCCGGCCGUUUGGCAUCGCCAGGGAGAACCGGAAGAUGGUGGAGAAGCUGAACCCGCAGGGAGAAGUAUUCCUCGCCGAGCGACAGGCGAUUGGGAAGGGAUGCAGGGGCGAUCUUUCGCGGCCGGGGCCGGUGGCAAGCAGCUGCGGACACAUGAUGCACUUUCACUGCUUCGAAGUGUACUACGACGCGACCAACAGGCGACACACGCACCAAAUAGCCCGGCACCACCCCGAAGAUACGAAGAGGAACGAGUUCGUCUGCCCGCUCUGCAAGGCGCUGGGCAACGCCUUCCUGCCGGUGGCGUGGAAGGGGCUCGAGGAAUCGUAUCCCGGGACCCUUCAGCCGAAGUUGCCGUUUGGCGAGUUUUUCGACAAGCAGAUGGCGUCGGCCUACUGGCUCGGGGGGAGCAAGGCUCGCGAGGUCGAGGAGCCGGGACUGCCCAUGUUUCAGACGCCGAGCGUGCCGGGCAGCCUGGUUGAGAAUCUCAACUUCCCCCCGCCAGACGUCGAGGCGCCCCAGGCUCUCUGGUCGAGCAUAUUCCUAAGAGGCCAUACGUCGCAGAGGAACACGGGCGCGACGGGCACGGCCGGGACGGCCAACACCGAGCAGACGGCCAGUUCGGCCAGCAAGGAGACGCUGAACGAUCUUGUCUCGGCGUACCAGCGGCUCCGGGAUACCCUCCGGGUCAACGGGUUGCACACGAGGCACGCGAUCGACGCCAACGCCGAUCUCGCGAACCUCCUCUACUCGAGCGACACGCUCGUCAGCAUCGUCGGCUUCACGAUCUCCUCGGUCGAGCUCCAGCAGCGCGGGAUCGAGGCGCGACCGGGGAUGACGUUGCUGGGGAAGAUACCAGAGCAGGUGCUGACCCAUCUGAGGAUCCUGUCGGAGACGGCAUCGUCGUACAUGCUGGUCGGCGGGCGGCAGGAGGGGCGCACGAAGCUCAUCGGGCACGAAUUCCGCAAAGACUGCGAGCGGCAGCACUGCCAGCUGUUCAUGUCACGAUACUUUGGGACGGGAACGCCGGAAUCGUGCGGGCCGGUCGACGUGCUCCCGCCGUUGCUGACGGUGGAUCCCUUCAUCUUCCUCGUCGAGUGCGGCUACGGCUUGGCGGUGGAUCAAGACGCGGACAUCACGCACCUGGUCAGGCUGUGCUACUUGGCGGAACUCGUCAAGGUCGUCUACCACAUGGGCCGCAACAUGCCGGUGGCCAUGUGGCUCGGGGGACUCAAGGAUGGGCAGACGGAGGACGCGUCCAUCAACGAGUUUGCCGGCUUUGCCCUCGCCAUCACGCAGCACAGCAUGACGUUCCACCUCGCCAAGGGGGCCGACGAGAUGGACGACGGGGAAGACAGAGGCUUCCAGCAGCCGGGGGUGAACACGGUGGCGGGGUGGUAUUCCUUCGUGAAGAAGUACGCGCUGACGUUCCUGCGCAAGACGGUGGUUUUCCUGUACGUCAAGUACGGCAUAGACUUCAACAGUCAGGCGUCGCCGAAUCCGGAAGCCGACGAGCUGGACCGGUUGACGGAAGCCCUCCGGCUGCCGACGUUUGACGAAAUGUGCGCGUCGCUGUCGCAGCACGGGCCGUCGUUUGGCUGGCCGGACACGAUGCGGGACCUCGUCGCCGGCUGGAUCAAGCACCAAGUCAUGUGGCCUGGGUGCUCGAGCGAGGUGAGCCGGUCGGCGCUCGUGAGCCAUCCGGGAAUCUACGAGCUGAUUGGGCUCCCGAAAACGUACGACACGCUGAUCGAGGAGGCGACGCGGAGGAGGUGUCCGACGACGGGCAAGGACCUGACGGACCCUGUGAUAUGCCUGUUCUGCGGCGACCUGUUCUGCAGCCAGAGCACGUGCUGCCAGAAGACGGAGCGGAUCGGCAGCGAGAAGGUCAAGCUCGGCGGAGCACAGCAGCACAUGCGCAGGUGCCAGCGCAACAUUGGCGUGUUCCUCAACGUCCGAAAAUGCUCGACGGUGUACCUUUUCCGGCAGUCAGGGUCGUUCGCGGCGGCGCCGUACAUUGACAAGUACGGCGAGACGGACCCGCAGCUGCGUCACGGACGACAGCUGUUCCUGAACCAGAAGCGAUACGAUUCGACGAUCCGAAACACGGUGCUGCACCACGGAGUGCCGAGCCAGAUCAGCCGCAAGCUGGAGGCGGAGAUUAACAACGGUGGCUGGGACACGCUGUGA